AUCCCGCCCCCGACUCCUCUUCGCUCCCGAUUUCUUUUUUUUUGAGCCCAGCCUGCCCAGAUAGGUUUUCGCUGCGCUCAAUCGCUCGAUUCUCCCUUUCUCUCCUCUUGUCCCGCGAACUUCAUCCGGCGCAUCGCCAAUCGCCGUCGACAUGAGCGACGCCGCCAUCAAGGAGCAGACUGAGGCGGCCGCCCCGGCCGCCGAGGCGCAGCCCGUACAAGAGACGGCUCCUGCCGCGGCGACCGCCGAUGAAGGCGACAAGAAGACGGAUGCCGCGGGGCAGACCCAGAAUGGCGCCCAGAAGCAAGCGGCCAACAUCCUCCAGACGACCGCCAAGCCCAACCACAAGGAUCUCAAGAAGAAUCGCAAGUUUGACCCGACCACCCAGCCCAUAACCGACGACCCCGUCAAGAUUCGCGCUCAGGUCGAGUUCUACUUUAGCGACAGCAACCUGCCGACCGACAAGUUCAUGUGGGAGAACACCGGCGGCGAGGAGAACAGGCCGAUGCCUCUCAAGACCAUCGCCAACUUCAAGCGCAUGCGCCAGUUCCAGCCGUACAGCGCCAUCGUCGCCGCUCUGCGCGAGAGCGACUUCCUCGUCGUCGAGGGCGCCGAGGGCGAGGAGACGGUCAAGCGCAAGAACCCGUACGUCUCUUCCACCGAGGCCCAGAAGGCACGGCUGGCCGCCUCGGUCUACGCCAAGGGCUUCGGCGACGAGGAGCCGUCCACCCAGUUCGACAUCGAGGCCUUCUUCUCCAACUACGGCCACGUCAAGCACGUCAAGCUCCGCCGGACCGCCGAGGAGCUCUUCAAGGGGUCCGUCUUUGUCGAGUUCGCGAGCGCCGAGGAGGCCGACGCCUUCGUCAAGCUGGACCCCAAGCCGACUUGGAAGGGCCACGAGCUCCUCAUCAUGAAGAAGAAGGACUACCUGGACGAGAAAACCCGCCAGAUCAAGGCCGGAGAGAUCGAGCCCAACACGAGCCGGCCCAGGACCUUCUUCGAGGGCAGGGAGCGCGGCUCCAACACCCGCGGGCGCGGGGGGCGGGGCGGCGGCCGCGGCCGCGACGGCAAGUCGGAGGGUGGCGACAACACCAACGGCCAGAAGAACGGCUCCAACAAAAACGGACGCGGCCGUGGCAGGGGCGGCCGUGGCGGCCGCGGCGGCAGCAAUGGCGGACGUGACAACAACAACAACAACAAGGACAACAAGGACAACAACCGUGAGGAGAAGAAGAGCGAGGGCAUCAAGCAGAGCACCAACGAUGUCCAAGUGCCCACCAUCCAGUCCACCGCCCCGAAGAAUGGGGAAACCAACGGCAAGCGGGCCCGCGAGGACGACAACGCCGGCGAGGAGCCCCCGGCAAAGAAGGUCGAUAGCAAGCCGGAAACUGCUGCGGCGCAAUAGAGGGACGGAGUUUUGUUUUCUGAUUUGGACU